UUAAAGAAGAAGUAAUUGAAAGAAUUAAAUGUAAUUGGUGCUACUGAAGAACUGUCAAAAUGAUUUUGACAGUGAAAAUAGCGGGAAAACGCAGACCAUUCGUUUAAAAACAACGAGAUUGUGUUGUAAACAAAGAUGAGUUUGUGGGCCGAUAAGCACCGUCCAAAGGACCUCCUGAAGGUGGAUUAUCAUAAAGAACAGGCGGAGAACCUGAAGAAGUUAACGCAGCAAGGAGAUUUCCCACAUCUGCUUGUUUAUGGUCCGGUGGGUGCUGGAAAGAAGACGAGGGUUAUGUGUCUUCUAAAGGAACUGUAUGGGCCUGGAGUUGAGAGACUGAGGAUGGAGCAGAUGACUUUCACGACGCCCUCAAACAAGAAGGUGGAAAUUAUGACUGUCAACAGCAAUUAUCAUAUUGAGGUGAACCCAGCAGAUGUAGGCAUCUAUGAUAGGAUAGUCAUCAUGGAUCUGAUCAAGACUGUGGCUCAGUCGCAGCAGCUGGAUGUUAACACACAGAGGGAGUUCAAAGUCAUUGUGCUGACUGAUGUGGAUGAAUUAUCAAAGGACGCCCAACACGCCCUGAGGAGGACUAUGGAGAAGUAUAUUGGUAAUUGCCGUUUGAUCCUGUGCGCAAAUUCUACAUCCAGAGUAACGGCGGCAAUUCGCAGCAGAUGUUUGAGUAUACGUGUGCCGGCGCCAACCAACGAAGAGAUCAUCAGCAUAUUGCAAAGCACAUGCAAGAAGGAGGGUUUGAAUUUACCGACAGAAUUGGCGCUUAAGAUUGCGGAAAAGUCUGAUAGGAAUUUGCGUAAAGCGUUGCUGAUCUGCGAGGCCUGCAAAGUCGAGCAGUAUCCGUUCAAUAUAAAUCAAGAGAUUCCAUUGCCUGAUUGGCAUGUCUUCAUCAAUGAUAUGGCCAAGGAAAUUGUCAAGGAACAGAGCAUUCAAAAGAUUGCUACAGUUAGAACCAAUUUAUAUGAAUUAAUAAUUCACGGGAUUCCAAAUCAGUUGAUUUUCAAAACAUUGUUGGAUGAACUGUUGAAGAACUGCGACGUUGAAUUGAAGAGCAAAGUUGUUGAACAUGCUGCUUUCUAUGAACACAGGAUGCAGCAUGGCAAUAAGCACAUUUUCCACUUUGAAGCAUUCAUUGCCAGGUUCAUGUGUUUAUACAAGAAGUUUAUUGAAGAUGUUACCAGCGGUUUUUAAUUUAAAAUAUAUAGUAUUGUUGUUUUUUUAUUUAAUAAAUAUUUUUCGAAUUAAAUUAAA